CUGGGGAGAGGGGUGUUUUUGGUCCGAUUGAGAUGUCAGGCAGGGCACAGGAGGAAAAUAGCACCGCAAGUGAGCGUAGGGCCGACGAUGCCCAGAGCCACCCUUCGCUGCUCCUAGGAGCAGCCGCCCGGGCCUGAUUCUGGGUGGCGCACGGGGUGCUGCGAAGGCGCGGAGCCGUCCCCGCUAUGGGUCCGGGUGCGACCCCCAGCAGGAACCCCCAAUAGGCCUGCGCCGUCUCCCGGCUGGUGCCGACCCCUCUUACGAGUGGGCGACUUUCCAGAUGCUGCGAGGACCCUGCGGCUACUGUUACCACUCCCAGCUUGUGAUUACCUAGUUUCUAGGGCAAGAAGACUCUCCGCCCCGGCCCUCAUAAUUGAUUUCUUUUUUAUCUUCAAAUUAUGUUUGUCUCGUUUUAAGCAGAUGCAGUUUUUCUUUUUGAAACUUGCUCCAUCUUAUCAUAGCCUUCUCUGGCACUCAUUAUUUGGAGUAAUCAGGUGUUAUCAGUUGCGGAGGCAGCGCAUAAGGCAACCUAGUACCUGGAACCUGAUAGCACCUAGCACGUUUCCACAGUUAGCGCCUGGAUCUCCCUAAGGGAUUAAAUGUAGCAUUCUUUCUCUUGAGACUCAAGUCCUUAUGACAGAGCUGUUGAUUCUCUCACAAGAUUCUGUCGAGUGGGUAAAGUACACUUUGGUAUCUCAAAUUUUAGAGCCGAGAGGUGGUGCCUUAUAAAAUCUGUUUCAUUCCUCUCGUUUUACAGAGAAGACACCAGGCCUGAAGAGCAUGAUGUAGCUGGAGCUAGCUACACUUCUCAAUAGCUAGACUCCAAGACUCCAGACACCUUGGUGAUUGCACUCUCCACCAUGCCAGGACUGCAGUGCCAGUUUAACCCACUCACCUGUAGAGAGUGUAUCUGCCGGAGGUCAUUAUACUUGGGUUGAUUCAGGUCAUGGAGAAAUCAGGCAUGGCCACUGUGAUGGCUCUGGAAUAGUGGGGUUGAUAGUAUUUCUAGGUGAGGUAGGCCGCUUAUGGUGUAUUUUUGGAGCUAAAAGCCUGCAGGCACCCCCCCUCCUCAAAAUUUCAUUGCUAUUCUCUGCAAGAAUAAUGAUGAUCAUUUACAGUCUUGGUUGCUUCCUUAUGUUAAGGCAUCAAAGUCUUCUUUAACAAUCUGGAUAUAUUUUAGUUAAGGAUAAAUCAUGAAUCCAUGAUCGGACAUCAGCUUCUUAAUAAGAAACUGAUGGGAUAGAACAGGGACUAGAUUAGUUCUGAGAGCUGGGAAUCAGUGAAAUACCAAGGUACGGUCGGGAAGAAAGCAGAGAGGGACCGCAUAACCUGUUAACACCAUUUUUGUCCAGUCUUCCUGGAAUGUCUUAUUUGCAUGUAGUAGAGAUGGAUUCUGCCCAAGUUGGGCCGCCGUUUACUGAGUAGUUGCAGUGGGCCAAGUCUCAUACUAGCCGCUUUCAUAGAUGAACUUUGUAUCUUUACCAAAAAGGAGAUGGUACUGUCUUCAUGUUACUAGCCUGAAGAAACAGGCUUAUUACCUGGCUGUGGUGAUGUAGUCAUUUGCAGUAGAAUUUAAGAUCACUUAUCUCUCAAGUCCAAUCAGUGCUCUUUUGCAUUAUGCCUUGCUCCUGCUUCAGCCGGGAAGGGAAUGAGAAUCGCCUGUGGCUGAUUUAUUGGCGCCUGUGGUUGCCCAGAGAGGCCAAGCAGGACUUUCAGCUGCCCUCUAUGCCUUACAAAGUGGAGCUGUGAGCUUCCACCCUAUCUCCUGAGGGGAAUGUGAAGGAGCCAGGCUGUCUAGCGGGGGGUGGGUGGGGUGGGGGGGGCAAGUGCCUUGGCCGUAAAAUAUUCUGGCCAGGGCUGUGCUGGGAAGUGUUGCAUAAUGCCCUCCCCAACACUGAACCAAAGUGCUUUAUUUACUACCGUCCGUAGCUGGUGCCUGACCAACUUGUCCAUUUUAGCAAUAACAGGGUAGAAAAGACUUGAGGGUUUUAUAUGAUUGCAGGUUUUUUCCUUGUUCUAAAAAAGCAGUGCAGGUGCUCUUAUCUUGAUAAAUUAUAGUGCUUCUUUCUACACCACUUCCUGUGCGCCUUUUCUGCAUAUUUAUUCCAAAUAGCAUGUGAACUUCAGUCUUUUAAGAAGAGAAAGCUAAGAAAAUACUCCUUCAGUUUAUUAGCGUAAGCUAUGGAGACAGCCCUGGCUUUUUAUCUCCACUUUAUAUCGUUUGCUAAAUGUGUGUCCUAAGCCUAGGAUUUUUCCUUAUUUGUAAAAUAAGUACAUUUGUAAAAUGGAAAUGAAAACAAUACAUGAGUCAUCACAGUGAAGAUUGAAAGAGAUAAUAUAUAUAGAGCACUUAGCACAAGGCCUUGCAUAUAGUAUUUAUUCAUUAUAAUAAUAGGUUUUGAAAAUAAUAUAUUAUAUUAGAAUAAUAUCAUAGUAGUAUCCCUAAGAAAGGAAAAAUUUUGCUACUUGAACCUGCUUAGGGAUAGAGGAGGAAGAAGAAAGUGUGAAGCAAACAUCAGUUUCAGGAUUGUUGAGUAAAUUUAUUUAUACUUUUUUUUUUUUUUUUUCCCUUUCUGAGAUAGAGUCUACCUCUGUCACCCAGGCUGGAGUGCAGUGAUGUGAUCUCGGCUCACUGUAGCCUCCGCCUCCUGUGUUCAAGCUGUUCUCCAGCCUCAGCCUCCCGAGUAGCUGGGAUUAUAGGCGCCUGCCACCACACCUGGCUACUUUUUGUAUUUUUAGUAGAGAGGGGGUUUCACCAAGUUGGCCAGGCUGGUCUUGAACACCUGACCUCAAGUGAUCCACCCUCCUUGGCCUCCCAAAGUGCUGGGAUUACAGGCAUUUAUUUACAUUUCUGCUUUCCCUUUGCAGAAAUUCCCCAGGAAUUUUCUUUCCCUUCCUUUUUUUUUUUUUUUUUUUUUUUGCCUUAGUUGGAGAAAAAGUUCUUAGAGUAUUAAGUCAGUUAUUUUUCUAAUUCAUUUCUUCUCUGUUUACAAAUCAGUCAUGUGUGAAUGUUUUGUUCCUUCUGAAAAACUGCAGGCACUUUAAGCAAAGGGUUUUAUUAGCCCACUUGAGUAAUGUGUUCAUGGGAGUAUAGUUCGGUUGCAAAAAUAUACUGGUUUACCUGUAUCCAGAAGUUUUAGCCACUCUUUACUGUAUUCUAGGUCUGUACUAGCAUUGUCAUUUUCCAGCUUUUUCCUGUCCUUUGAGUACCUUAUUUUUUCUUUCAGAAAAAUUGGUCUGUCUGUAAUGGACUAAGAAGAAUCUUUUUCCUGUCCUUUGAGUACCUUAUUUUUUCUUCCAGAAAAAAUUGGUCUGUCUUUAAUGGACUAAGAAGAAUCUUUUCCAUUUUUUCUCAGAGUUCUGAUUUUUUUUUAAAGGUCUGUUAACAAUUUGCACUUACUGUUGUUAGUAUGCUUAUGUGCUUAGCUCUAUCAGGCAUCCUACAGUGUAAUGUUGGUUAGAUGGGAGUUAGAGAUGCUUGGAGGUUGGCUAUGUCUGUCAACAGGCAGGAGGCCCCAAACAUUUCUGGGUCCCAUUAAAGGUUUCUAGAGCACAACUACUCUUCCUGUUUCAUCUACCAUGUCAACUUCAUACCCUCUUCGCUGAUAUUCUCAGUAGAUCUUAAUGAGCAGAUGUCUGGAAUUACAGCAGAUUUUACCUGACACCGUAUUUUCAGAUUUGGAAUUUCUCUAUCAUUUUUAGAUGUUUUGAAAUCUAAUCUAGUUGUAAUGGAGUAAGAGAGUAAAUAUUUCUUUUUCCUAAAUACUAUUUGAAAGGAAGUCUGAAAAUAGUAUAUUCCUCCACCUCGACUCCCAUGCCCAUCCUGCCAGUUUAAGAGCACUUUUGUUUCUUAAUCUGGCCAAUAUUUUAGUUUAAAGUUAGAAUUAUAGUUGUUGAUAUUUGUUCAUUUAAUGUAGCCAGCAUAAUUUCCACACUUUGAACACUCUUAUGAAAUUGCUUAUUUAUAGAGACUAGUAUAAAGUUGUUCUAUCUUACUUAGUUUGAACUAAUGCAGAGUUACUACAAUCUAGGAAGUAAAGAAGGUUUUUAUAGUCUCUUAAAUAUCAAUGUAAUUGUAGUGUGUCAAAUACUCUCUUGAGUUUCCUUGGUCCCCUGUUCUGAGGCAGUGAUUCUUAACUGAGGUGUCACGUUAGAAUCACCUGGGAAGCUUUUUUAAAAAAGAAUCUCUGGGCCAGGCGAAGUGGCUCACGUCUGUAAUCCCAGCACUUUGGGAGGCCAAGGCUGGAGGAUCAUGAGGUCACAAGGUCGAGACCAUCCUGGCCAACGUGGUGAAACCCCCCUGGCCAACAUGGUGAAACCCCAUCUCUCCUAAAAAAUACAAAAAGUUAGCUGGGCAUGGUGGCACGCACCUGUAGUACCAACUACUUGGUAGGCUGAGGCAGGGGAAUCACUUGAACCUGGGAGGUGGAGGUUGCAGUGAGCCAAGAUCAUGCCACUGCACUCCAGCCUGGUGACAGAGCAAGACUCCAUCUCAACAACAAGAAAAAGAUCCUGUGCCUCACCCCUAGCAAUUCUCUUUGGGCUAAGUCCGGGCUGGGACCCAGAGGUCAAUAUAGUUCUGCAUAGAAGGUUUACAGUGUAGUCAGCAGUAAGAGCCUCGAUUUCAGGAUAAAAUGAUUUCUACAAACAUUCUUUCAUUCUCUGGGUAAUUAAAUGUCACACCUCUACAGUCAUGUGAAAGUUCCAUUAAAAAGUUAGUCGCUAUAUAAAGUCUUUUAUCAUAUGGCACUUGGAAUAUUUUGCUUUUGCCUUUGUAUUUAUAGCCAUGAGUAAGUAGCUCAAAAAAACUGUCCAUAUUCCUCUGCCAACUUUCUUGACUCCUUGUCUGAAUGAUAAUUCGUCAUAAGGUCUCAGUGGUAAGCAUUGACAGAAAAAAUAUCUAAGACUGUUUUCCUCCAGAAACAGUUGUCUUGCUCUUUUUGUUCCUUUUUUAUUAAGGAUUCUUACCGCCUGAGAGAAUGAAGAGCUGUGCAGUCCAGGAUAUCAGGCUGGCUACCAUAGAUCUGAGAAUCCAGUCUAGUACAAUAGAUUUUUCUAAAUAAAUAAAAAUCAAAGAUAUAUAUUGAAUAUCAAGCUAACUUUAAACAUAGAUACUAGUAUAAAGUUGUUCCAUCUUAGUUUGAAGUAAUCCAGAGUUACCACAAACUAAGAGAAGGUAAAGAAGGUUUUUGUAAUCUCUUACAUAUUAAUGCUAAAUCUUAUGAUAAUGUAUCACUUUGAUAACAGAUAAAACAUUCAAAAAUGUAACAAUCUUACAUUUUGAUUCUAGUAUUUAUAAUAAAAUGAUACAUUAUUUUUCCAUAAUUUCUCUCACAUCUUGAAAUUCUUGCCAGGUGCGGUGGCUCAGGCCUGUAAUCCCAGCACUUUGGGAGUCUGAGGUGGGUAGAUCACGAGGUCAGGAGAUUGAGACCAUCCAGGCUAAUACCGUGAAACCACAUCUCUACUAAAAAUACAGAAAAUUAGCUGGGCAUGGUAGCAUGAGCCUAUACUCCCAGCUACUCGUGAGGCUGAGGUAGGAGAAUGGCUUAAACCCAGGAUGGGGAGGUUGUGGUGACACAAGAUUGAGCCAUUGCAUUCCAGCCUGGGCAACAAGAGUGAAACUCCAUCUCAAAAAAAAAAAAAUUGUGUAGGACAGUAGUUCUCAAAGUGUGGUCCAAGGAUCCACUGAAGGUUUCAUGGGUCAAUAAGGAUCUCCCUUAUAUGAGACCAGAUUCUCAAUAUACUUGAACCAAAACAACAUGUAACAACAGAUUGAAUGCAGAAUCAGAUAAGAGAGUCCAGCUGUAUCCGUUAAAGCCAGAUAUUAAAGAGGAUUGCAAAAUGUAAAUUAAUACCACUCUUCUCACUUAUUUUUGAAAAAAAAAUUUUAGGAAAAAAUAUGUUAAUGUGUAAUGGGUUUAUUAUUGCUAUUUUAAAUAUUUUUAAAUUUAAUUUUGAAUAAGGUAAAUAUUGAUAAAUAUAAUCUAUAUAAACAGCUCUUAACAAUCUGCAAUACUUUUUUUGUUGUUUUGUUUUUUGAAACAGAGUCUCUGUCACCAGGCUGGAGUGCAGUGGCACCAUCUUAGCUCACUACAGCCUCGACCUCCUGGGUUCAAGUGAUUCUCCUGCCUCGGCCUCCUGAGAAGCUGGGAUUGCAGGCACGUGCCACCACGCCCAGCUAAUUUUUUUAUUUUUAGUAGAGAUGAGUCUCACCAUGUUGGUUAGGUUGGUGUCGAUCUCUUGACCUCGUGAUCUGCCCACCUUGGCCUCCCAAAGUUUUAGGAUUACAGGGGUGAGCCACCGCACCUGGCCCACAAUCUGUAAUACUUUUUAAAGAGUAUAAGUGGAUCUUGAGACCACAGCUUUUUAGAACGGCUGAUAAACAGUAAUGGUUGAGUAGGGCCGUUCUGCCUACGGAGUAGCCAUGCUUUUAUUCCUUUACUUUUUUUUUUUUUCUAAGACAUGGGGUCUCACUAUGUUGCCCUGGAGUGCAGUGGCUAUUCACAGGUGUGAUGCCACUACUGAUCAGCACGGGAGUUUUGACCUGCUCUGUUUCCGACCUGGGCUGGUUCACCCAUCCUUAGGCAACCUGGUGGUCCCCCGCUCCCGGGAGGUCACCAUAUUGAUGCCAAACUUAGCGCGGACACCCUACAGACAUAGCGCACUACAGCCCAGAACUCCUGGGCUCAAGCGAUCCUCCAGCCCCAGCCUCAGGAGUAGCUGGAACUACAGGCACGGGCCACCGCGCUCGGCUGUUCCUUUACUUUUGUACUAAACUUGCAUUCACUUACAAAAAAAAGGUGGGAGGAAGAGGUAAUGGUUGAAUAGCUGCUAUCAGGACAAUUUCCUGUAGAUAACAAUAAACUUGAUAAAAGUUUUUUGUUUUUGAAGCGGAGUUUUGCUCUUGUUGCCCAGGCUGAAGUGCAAUGGCACAAUCUUGGCUCACUGCAACAUCCGCCUCCCAGGUGCAAAUGAUUCUCCUGCCUCAGCCUCCCUUAUAGCUGGGAUUACAGGUAUCCGCCAUGACGCCCAGCUAAUUUUGUAUUUUUAGUAGAGUCAGGGUUUCUCCAUGUUGGUUAGGCUGGUCUCAAACUCCCAACCUCAGGUGAUAUGCCCGCUUUGGCCUCCCAAAGUGCUGGUAUUACAGGCAUGAGCCACUGUGCCCCAGCCAAUAAAAGUUUUUAAAAUUACUAGAUGGCAUUUGAGAAUUACAGAAACUAGAUUGAGGUCUGCGCUUGGAAGAGGAGAACAGCAAUGAGUAAACUUCCAUUUUUAUGGCUUUUAGACUGGCAUAAGGUCCCAGUUGGUGAUAUGAGGAGGUUGCUACAACUCUAGUAACAACCUACAAUCUUUCUUGAAAAGGGCACAGAGCUCACAGUGAUAAUGCAGCUGGAAAGUGAGGAGGGAAAUCCUAAAAAGAAUGUUGGAGUAGCAGAACCCCCAACAAUGUUUAUAAACUCUGCUUAAAUUUCUUGCAAACCCCUAAACUUUACAUGUGUGGAACAGCCUCCAAACAGCACACUUAGGCUAAAGGAGCAGAGAUUGCAGCUGCUGUCCACCAUAGGGGAGGCAGAACUUGGAGUUUAAGUCCAGCUGAGGUGAUUGUCUUCAAAAACAAAAACAGUGACACUCUUUGGAGGAAUAUUACAGAAUCUAGAGGCAAUUAUAUUAAUCACAAUAUCUAGGCUAUAAUCCAGAAACUAUCACCCUAAUCAAUGGAGACUAACCCCACAAUGAACUGAAGGUUGGAUUUAGCAGAGAAGAUUUAAAGCAGCUAUUAUGACUAUCCUCAAGGAUGUUAAGCAAAAUAAGGUUGUAUUUGUGAACAAAUAGGACAUCUCAGCAGAGAACUAGAAACUAAAGAAUGAAAUGAAAAUUUUACAUCUGAAAAUACAAUAUCUGAAACAAAAAAUAUUGAACAGGUUUAACAGAUCAGAUAUGACAGAUAAGUUGUUGAAUUUGAGUAUAGAUUAAUAGAAAUCUAAUCCAAAGUAGAGAAAUUAUUAUAUAUAAAAGUUCUCUGUAAACUUCAGUGCUCAAUGUAAGUUUCAGAGUUUAUUACUCCAAGUGUCUUUUAUAUGUAAAGGGAAGAGGUGCAUUUGGGUCUUCUUUUGAUGUACAGCUCCCUUAAUAUCCUGUCCUGUCCUGUCCUGUCUGGGUCUAGGCUUUAUGCCUUGCUGCUUUUUCUUCUUUUCCUUUUUUUUUUUUUGGAGAUGGAGUCUUGCUCUGUCACGCAGGCUGGAGUGCAGUGGAUCUCAGCUAACUGCAACCUCUGCCUCCUGGGUUCAAGUGAUUCUUUUACCUCAACCUCCCAAGUAGCUGGGAUGACAAACAUGAGCCACUACACCUGGCUAACUUUUAUAAUUUGGGUAGAGACAGGGUCUCACCACGUUGUCCAGGCUGGUCUCAAACUCUUGGCCUCAAGUGGUCCCCUUGCCUCAUCCUCCCAAAGUGCUGGGAUUACAGGCAUUGGCCACUCGCUUGGCCUAGCCUCUGGUUUCUAAUAUCUCCUGUAGUCAGAUAUUUUGCCCUUGCUGCUUUCCUGUACUGUUGUCAGAGGUCACCAAGAAUCUUUUGGUCAGUACACUCGAUAUGUUUGUAAUAGGCCUCACCCCCAUGUCUCUCUUCAGUAUUUUGCACCAUUGCCACCUCUUUUCUGCAAGGUCAUUGUCUUUUCUCACUGAAGAUGUUUUUUAUUUCUCCUCUUCUGUCUUAUUGUGUCUUUUCUGUUUUCCAAAGAUUCAUUCUUAGCUUUUUCCCUCUUAUUUCAUUCUACUUUUUAGUCGACUUUAUAUAUUAUUUUCUACUUGGUUACUUCAGCCUUGUCAUUUCAGAGGCCUCUUCUCCCUCUCUGGCUCUGCUCUCUCUCGAGCCCAGUCCUGCUUCUUCUCUCUGCUGAUCACUAAACAUUUCUACUUAGAUAUCCUGGGGUAGACACCUGGAGCUCAGACUGUCUGAAGUGAAACCUCGCUGUUGCUUUUUUCUUUUUGAGGUGGGGUCUCUCAAAACCUCUUAUCAAGCCAGUUUCUAUACUUCUCUGGUGUUCUGGGACUUUGCUUUUAUAUCAACACCUAGCACGUGGCAGUUACUCUGAAAAUGCUAUCUGAAGGAAUAGAUGAAUUCUUCCAGUUACCCAAGCUGGAAUUCUGAGACUCCCCUUUGAUUUAAUCUCUAUGGUGACCACAUCCAAUCUGUUGCCAAGUCUUGUCAGUUUUGUGUCUAAUGUAUCUCUUGUAUUCCUUCCUUCUUUCCCAUUGCAAUUACUUUGAUAUCCUAGUAGGCUCCUAGACAGUCUUUUCUUUCUCCUUGCCUUUUCCCUUGCUAAUAUUUUUUAUGUGUUGCUAUUAGAGCAGUCUUGACUCAUGCCUAAUGAUGGUGAUGAUGAUAAUGCCCAGUAUUUAUUAAACACUUACUAUGGGCCCCACUAUCUAAGUGCAUUGUAUCAUUCCAUUCAAAUAACUUAGAAGGUAGAUACUGUCGAUCUAUAUUUUAUAAGUGAAACGGAGACCCAGAGAGUUAAGUGUCUUGCUAAGAUCAUGCAGCUAGUAAAUGGCAGAGCUAGAAUUUUAAGCUGUCUGAUUUUAGUUCAGGCUUUAACUACCAUGCUGUUCUCCCUCCCACAUAGUAAUGUAACUGAUCACGCUGUUCUUACUCAAGCAUCUUACAGAGUUAUAUCAAACACCCCACUAGUUUUUAGUCUUAUAUUCAGUAUCCUUUGUGAACUGACUCCAUCUCAUUAUUUCUGUUACCUUGUUUUUUUUUCUAUGCCAAACUGAAUCUAUUAUCUAAAUAUGUAUACCCUUCCCAGUCAUUUUAUUCAUUUUAUUUUUUCUACCUGUUUAUCUCCCUCUCAUAUCAUGCUUUGUAACUGCUCUGUGGCACUAAAUGCAUUUCUUUCUCUUUCUUUCUUUCUUUCUUUUUAUUUUUUAUUUUUGAGACAGAUUUCGCUCUUGCUGCCCAGACUGGAAUGCAAUGGUGCAAACUUGGCUCACUGCAAUCUCCACCUCUUGAAUUCAAGCAGUUCUCCUGCCUAACCUCCUGAGUAGCUGGGAUUACAGGCAUGCACCACCACACCCGGCUAAUUCUGUAUUUUUAGUAGAGACCGGGUUUCUCCAUGUUGGUCAGGCUGGUCUCAAAUUCCUGACCUCAGGUGAUCUGCCCACCUCAGCCUCCCAAAGUGCUGGGAUUACAGGUGUGAGCCACCACACCAGCCUUAUUUCAUAUUAUAAUUAUAGUUUGAUGUUUUAUCUUUCCUUUGAGCCUGUAAUCUUGAGGGCGGCGUCUAAUUUUUUUCUGUCUCCAUGCCUUGUACAAUGCAUGCUUUUACAUGUUUAAAUUUCUCUUCAAAAAUAUCUGUUGAAUAAGUGAAAAAUUUAACUGUUACCCAUAGACCAUUAACCGUAAGAUUGCUGUAUUGAUGGCUUAUUAGUGUGCUAUGUCUCAUUUCCCUAUGGUUCAGUAGUUCAUUAAACUACAUAAUAGGAAGAACUGGUGAAAAUGUUUGUGAUCUGAGGGUUUGGUUUUUUUUUUUUUGAGACAAUUUCUAAGGCUAGUUUAAGAUACUUCAGUUUGAACCAUUUUAUUGAUUCUAAGACAUUUUUUCACAUGCUGAAAUUGUCAAUAUAAAUUUUUAUUUUGUUAGGCCAGGCGUGGUAGUUCAUGCCUGUAAUCCCAGCACUUUGGGAGGCUGAGGCAGGUGGAUCACCCAAGGUCAGGUGUUCAAGACCAGUCUGGCCAACCAACAUGGUGAAACCCCAUCUCUACUAAAAAUACAAAAAUUAGCCGAACGUGGUGGCUUGUUCCUGUAAUCCCAGCUACUUGGGAAGGUGAGGCAGGAGGAUCACUUGAACCCAGGAAGCAGAGGUUGCAAUGAGUUGAGAUUAUACCACUGCACUCCAGCCUGGGCCACAGAGCAAGAUUCCUUCUCAAAAAAAAAUUUUUUUUUAAUUUUGUUUUUUAAAUCUCCCUGUAAAUUCAUGGUGUUGUAGAAUCAGGGAAAUUUGUGAGUACAAAUAAGGAGUGACUUGGUUAAAUGGCCUCUUGGAACAAUAUUCAUAAUUUGGAUUUUUGUUUGUAUUCUAAGAGGAUAGGCUCAAGUUUCUGUAGCUUCUGUCAUCUUAUUUUAUAUUGCAUUGCUGCUGCAAGGCUUUUAAAAAUGAGAUAAGAGUGUCUGCUCUUUCAAAGGAUGUUCUCCUGCCCAUCCAGUGAUGCCCUUUUUACAUCCAGUGAUACCUUCUGCCUAAAGUACCAGGGCUCUCUGCACAGCUAGGAUAGAGAAGAUGAUGUACAGUCUCACAUCUGCCUAAAACCAGGAAACACAAUGGACACUGCCAGCCAUAGCCUUGUUCUUCUGCAGCAGCUGAACAUGCAGCGAGAAUUUGGUUUUUUGUGUGAUUGCACAGUUGCAAUUGGAGAUGUUUACUUCAAGGCUCACAGAGCAGUACUUGCUGCUUUUUCUAACUAUUUCAAGAUGAUAUUUAUUCACCAAACAAGUGAAUGCAUAAAAAUACAACCAACUGACAUCCAACCUGACAUAUUCAGCUAUUUGUUGCACAUUAUGUACACGGGGAAAGGGCCAAAACAGAUUGUGGAUCAUAGUCGUUUGGAGGAAGGGAUUCGAUUUCUUCAUGCUGACUACCUUUCUCACAUUGCAACUGAAAUGAAUCAAGUGUUCUCACCAGAGACUGUGCAGUCCUCAAAUUUAUAUGGCAUUCAGAUCUCAACAACCCAAAAAACAGUGGUCAAACAAGGACUGGAGGUCAAAGAAGCUCCUUCUAGUAACAGUGGAAACAGAGCUGCUGUCCAGGGUGACCACCCCCAGUUGCAGCUGUCUCUUGCUAUUGGUCUGGAUGAUGGCACUGCAGACCAGCAGAGGGCCCAUCCUGCCACCCAGGCCCUGGAGGAGCACCAGAAGCCCCCAGUUUCCAUCAAGCAGGAGAGAUGUGACCCAGAAUCUGUGAUGUCCCAGAGCCACCCCUCACCCUCGUUAGAGGUGACAGGCCCCACUUUUACUGAAACAAGUAUCAAAAUACACUUAUGCCAUUACUGUGGGGAACGUUUUGAUUCCCGUAGUAACCUAAGGCAACAUCUCCAUACACAUGUAUCUGGAUCCCUGCCAUUUGGUGUCCCUGCUUCCAUUCUGGAAAGUAAUGACCUCGGUGAAGUGCAUCCCCUUAAUGAAAACAGCGAGGCUCUUGAAUGCCGCAGGCUCAGCUCCUUCAUUGUUAAGGAGAAUGAACAGCAGCCUGACCACUCCAACCGGGGUACCACAGAGCCUUUGCAGAUCAGUCAAGUAUCUUUGAUCUCCAAAGACACAGAGCCAGUAGAAUUAAACUGUAAUUUUUCUUUUUCAAGGAAAAGAAAAAUCAGCUGUUCCAUCUGUGGUCAUAAAUUCCCUCGAAAGAGCCAAUUGUUGGAACACAUGUAUACACACAAAGGUAAAUCUUACAGAUAUAACCGAUGCCAAAGGUUUGGUAAUGCACUCGCCCAGAGAUUUCAGCCACAUUGUGACAACUGGUCUGAUGUCUCCCUGAAAAGUUCUCGCUUGUCACAAGAACACUUAGGCUUGCCUUGUGCCUUAGAGUCGGAGCUUACACAAGAAAAUGUGGAUACUAUCCUAGUUGAGUAGCAGCUUCUCUUUCAGAAUUGUUAGACCAAUUCUGAAAAAAAAAGUUGCAUGGCAUUUUUUAUUCAUAAUUUAUUUUCCCCUCAGUUCCAUUGACUUUUUUUCUUCACAGUUUAUCCAUAGUUUUAAGGUUGUAUAUAUUAGGUUCUUCUCAUAAGACUUAAUAUGUGGCUAUUAAAAUGUAACCUUCAGUUAGUACUAUGAACUUUUCACAAAUGAAAUCACAAUUUAGAAAUCAGUGUGGAAAUAUUAAAACUUUAAAUAGGUAUUUAUAGAAUUUCCAAGUUUAGUCAUAGAAUCAGUAAAAUCAAAUUGAAUAUAAAGUAAAUGAAAUCUGUUCUAAAGCAUAUUCUGAACUAUCACUUUUGCUUACAUUUCACAUGAAUUCAUUACUACAAGGAUUAUUUUUAAAUACUUUCUUUCAUAUAGGAAAUUAAUAGUUAUUUUAAUGCAUAACUAUAUGUUAUACAUAUAUUAUGAUGUAUAAACAUUCAUUUUAAGAGAUACCAAAUCAUGAGUAGUUUUAUUUUUUACUACUAGCUCCACAACAUCUUACCUACAUGGCUUCUCUUUACUUUUUAACAUUGAGUAUACCUCAUUUUUAGUAAAAAAUAUUUCGGUUAAAAGGGAGAAGAGUCAGAAAGACAUUAAAAAAUCUUUAAGAAAUAAUAAGAUAUAUACACAUAGAAAAAUAAACAUGCAGAGACAGAGACUCAGCUAGAACUGCAUUCACUAAAACCCCAGGGUUGUUACCUUGGUCUAGAGUGUUUUCUUAGACACCUUAAAAAGACCAGAGGUUUACAUGAGUUGAAAGAGAAAGAUGAUAAAAUACAAAUCAUCUUUCUACUCUCAGUGUAAGCGAACUUUUUGGGCUACCUGGGUUGAUAUUAAUUUUCUAAAAAUCACUUGAAAAAGUAAUUUUUCAGUGGCACAGUUUUUACUUUUUUCUGAUCCAUGAAAUCAGCAAAGUAGAUAGAUUCAAUAUUCUAUAACUACAUUUAAAAUCCAUAAUGGUAGCUUUCCCUCUAUAAAUUAACUUAACUCUCUUUUAUAAUGGUGACACUUACAAAGCUAAAACCCCAGGAAAAUUAAAGUUGAUGGAAUAAAUUACAGAUUCUCCUGCUCUGUGCACCUGGGAAAUAGCUGGUUAAGCUUCGCCACAAACAAUAGAUCUGAAAUGUAUAAAUUUCAAAUACUGCAUAGUCAAGGAUAAUAAAACAGACUUAUUUUUGCCCUCUUGUUAAAUUCUAAGCUUCACAGGCAUUUGAAUGCAUCUAAAAAAAAAUCGUUUGUGAGCCUUAGAAUUUAACCACAAAAAAAACUCUUGAGCUCCCUCCAGAUUGAACACUUCCAAGGACAUUUCCUGACACAUUCAGCAGCAUCAGUGUUCAACCAAGAGGGAGCACAAAGAAUAAUCCAGCUAAUUCUAAGGACACAAAGGUUUUCUCUAGGUAAACAGUAGUUCAGGUAAAUUAUAAAGUGAUAAAUUUUUCUUGAAAACUGAAUGAAGAAAACUACUGGGCAUUAUGUAAGGCAGUUGAGUUUCUGCCUUAGACAAGUGAGUAAAGGCGCAUAUGGUCAAGACUGAUGUGUGUUGAGAGCAAAUCUAACUGUUGAUAUGGUUAAUUGUAUUGGGAGUAAUUAAAAUAAAUGUAUUGUUCUUUGAGGUCAGAACUUUAAUCUUAAACUUUUUUCUACCAAUUCACUUAAGCAACUAUUCAGAUUUGUACUGCCCUCAAAGAUGUCAUCUCAUUGGAAGAAUACAAAUAUUAAUAUGGAUUUUAUGUAUUUUAGGCUAGUUAGGACCUAUUUCCUAGCCUUCUUCAAUUAAAAUUUUAUUCUUAUUAAGAUAAUUUUUCUCCUCUAUAUUCUUCCCUAUUUGUCCACUCAUUAUUCUUUGACACAGGAAAUACUUGUAUAGCUAAAAAUCGGAGGUAGAGUUGUAUGUGGAUGGUGAGAUAAGACAGUGCUUUAGGGCAGAGUUUGGAGAAAUGAUAAGAGUUUGCUGGCAGCUGAUUGGCCGUGAUAGACAACACUGAAUUAAAACAGAAAUAUAUCUGUUGAGAGUUCAGAAAAUAGGGGUUAACUGUAUUUCUAUUCUUAUACUUCCUUUUAAUAUUAGAAAUUCAAAGCAAAUGUUCUGUCCUUGGUCCUUAUAACAUUCAUUCUGUUUAGGAAAUGGGAAAAUAUCAACUUCAUUUUAUAGAAAAAAAAUCCCAAAACCCGAAUUCCAGAGAUGCAAUGAAUAGUGGUGUGGGACUGACCCCAGUUUUGCUGUGGUUGUUUUCAUUUAUUCUGCGGGCUUUUUUUUUUUUUUUUUUUUUUUUUUUUUUUUUUUUGAGACGGAGUCUCGCUCUGUUGCUCAGGCUAGAGUGUAGUGGCACAGUCUGGGCUCACUGAGGCAUUUUUUAAAGUAACUGUCAUAUGCCUAACACUGUGCCCUAUUAGCUUUUAAAGACAUGAUUGCUUACUGAGAAACCUUCCUUUGUAUUUUAAAAGUUCUUCCAGCUAAAACCUUUGUUCUUGACUACAUCUCCACAAACUGGAGCUAUACUAUUAGCUGGCAUCCUAAUAAUAUAGUGCAGUUUGCAUAAUGAUUACCAAGCUUGAAACUGGAAAUGCCAUAUGUACUUUCGUCUCUGUAUCAGGCAGGUACUAAACAGAUAUUUUCCCCUUGAGUCAGCUUAAAAAUUUUUUCUUCUUUUGAAAUCUCUCACACAGUUGUUUUCUGGAAAAAAAUAGAGACUGUUUCAGUAUUUGUUCUUAUUAGUAUAUCAUUAGAACUCAGCACAGUCUGCCUUACACGAAAACCAAAAUUUUUUUAUUUAUAACUCUUCAGAUUGUUAAUUCUUGCUCUUCCUGAUUUCCCAUCUGUAAAGUGAGUGUAAGCAAUACCUACCUCACAGGGGUGUUGUGAGGAUUUAUAUUAAAUGUGUUCUCUCAGUAUUAUUGAUUAAAACCAACCAUAUAAGCUACAUUUAUUCUGGAGCUAGACCUAUUAACUUUAAUAUUUCAGCCUAUAAAUUCUAAAACAUCUUAGAAGCAAUAAUGUACUAUCUAAUAUUCAAUAACUAAUUGACAAAACUCUUACUGUUAUUUUUUACAAAUAACUCCAGAAACAAUAGUGUUGCUAGAAUUCCUGUUCUACUGUGAUUUCAUCAUCACCGUUUCUCUUUGGCCUUCAUUAAGGAGGAUAUUAGUUCUUUGGCAUUAUUGGGAAUAAAACUUCAUCAAUUUCAGCUUUAUCGAAAGUUCCUCCCAAAUAUAUUGUUUACAUAAAGGAAAAGGAACAAAAACAAUAAAGAAAUAUCAUUUUUAUCUCUUUGAUGUAGGUGAUCUAAAUAGUAGAUGAGGACAGGAAAUGGGGUGAAGGUAAUAACGUAGUAUUAUUAGAAAAGUUGGCCAGGUGCGGUGGCUCACACCUGUAAUCCCAGCACUUUGGGAGGCUGGGGCAGGUGGAUCACUUGAGGUCAGUUUGAGACCAGCCUGACAAACAUGGUGAAACCCCAUUUCUACUAAAAACACAAAAAAUUAGCUGGGCGUGGUGGCCCGCGCCUGUAAUUCCAGCAAUUCGGGAAGCUGAGGCAGGAGAAUCGCUUUAACCCGGGAGGCAGAGGUUGCAGUAAGUUGAGAUUGCAACAUUGUGCUUCAGCCUGGGCAACAGAGCAAGACUCUGUCUCAAGCCAUCCUGGUCAACAAGAUGAAACCCCAUCUCUACUAAAAAUACAAAAACUUGGCUGGGCAUGGUGGCGUGUGACUGUACUCCCAGCUACUCAAGAGGCUGAGGCAGGAGAAUUGCCUGAACCCAGGAGGCAGAGGUUGCGGUGAGCUGAGAUCGUGCCAUUGCACUCCAGCCUGGGUAACAAGAGCGAAACUCUGUCUAAAAAAAAAAAAAAAAAAAAAAAAGACUCUGUCUGGAGGAAAAAAAAAAUAUUCACUGAAAACUGAAGGAAAUACAUGUUAAUCAUGAAAAAAGAUAGUCUGAAAAAUGUAUAAUUCCAUUAAAGUUUAUUUAUGUAGGCACAUUGUUGAUGUUGUGACUCAUACUUGAUAAGUGUCAUUUUUUAUAGUAAUUGAUAUAAAAAUGGGCCAUGCAAAGAAUUUUUAUAAUGUGAUUUGUGUCUUUAUAUGUUUUGAACUACGUGUAGAUCUGUGGCACCUAAAUUAUUAAUUUUUAAAUUCUUAAGAGUAAAGUCUGUAAAUUAUUAUUUUCUGCUGUACUUCUGUGUUUGUAUGGUUGGACCUUUUGAAAACUGGUGAGGUUACACAAUUCCAACCCUGGAUGUCUUAAAUACAAGGAAUUACAAACUUUGAUUUUUCUCUUGAAGAGCUAGAAGAAUUCAUUGUGCUUCAGUAUGUAUCUGUACUGCACUUGAUUAAUUAGUAAGUAUUGCUCUGGUGCAAUUGAUACUAUCUGUCAUCAACUCCUCUGUUGUGUGCAAAAUAAAGUCAUUUAGUCAGAAUGGAUCAAAUAUAAACUUACACUUUAAACUUCGAUUACAAAAACUUGUUCAAUAAAAGCCCACUGAAAAAUCUUCAAAGUACAUAUAACACAUAGUAAAUACAGGGACCAAAAUCAAUAAUACGUUGUGUGGCUAAACUCUUCUACCUAAUGUACUGUGAAUUUGCUUCAGAAACAUUCUUUUAGAAAGUUGUGUAUCCUCUAGUUGGAAUGGAAACAAUGGAUUUCAUGUAUUUUAUCAAGACAAAUAAAUUAAUGUGACUUAAUCAAAAACAA